AUGGUUCCUCACUUCACUGGGCGCGAGGAGGAAUGCAACGACGUCAUUGCUCACGUGACCAAUGAAGCCACUCGCCUCGUUUCCAUAUGGGGCUCGCCAGGGUUCGGAAAAACGUCGACUGCAAUCGCCAUAGGACAUCGCCUCCAAGCGCAAGGCCUGCCGGUAUACUUUAUUUCGUUACGUGGCCUAAGGUUAAAGAGUGAUCUAACGUCGAGAUUUCUUGGACUGUUUACGCAUUCUACGACAGCAUCCCAGCGUUUGACAGCAGAUGACGAACUUUGCUCAAUUUUGGCUCAAAUUGCAAAUCCCUUCGUUUUCAUCCUUGAUAAUGCCGAUGAUCUUUUUGAAAGUGGCCUUCCGAACGUCAAAGAGGAAGUUGUUGAUUUAAUUGGAGAAAUUCUCAAUUGCAGCCAUAAGGUAACGUUUCUUCUCACCACAAGGGAAUCUUGUCAAUUCUUAAAUCUGCGCUUAAAAGGACACAAUGCUUUAAGAAUUAGAGAGCUGGAUGAGCAAUCCUCUUCAAAACUUGUUCAAGAACUGCUUCCAGAAGCGAGUAAGUCUGAUUGUAUAAACGUUAGGCAGAUCUGCGGGAGUGUACCAUUGGCCAUGAAGUUGUUGUGUUCCUCCAUUUCGGGGGAUGCUACCGGAACAUCAAGUGGGUCUGUUGACAUGUUCUUGAGUACCACAUAUAACAUUCUGGAAAUGUUGGACAACCCAGACUAUCCCAGCAAUCAGAGGUUGAAGUAUCUUUUUGACGCCUCUUUUCAGAGACUUUCCGUAAAGGAAAGAGAAGCACUGAUCUCACUUUGCAUUCUUCCCAACCACUUUGACCUACCUGUCGCAUCAGCUGUGUUAGGAAUGGAAACAAUUCAAGCUGCUAGAAUGCUGCAGAUACUCCAGCGAAAAUCCCUCAUUGAUUCUAGUUCCAAAGCCGAGAAAUAUUCCAUCCAUAAGCUGUUAUUGUCAUUUGUACAGGAAAAAGGGGAAAACGAAAUGAAAGAAAUGGUUCUCAACGCUAAAGUGCGAUUUUUUGAACUGUAUAUUUCCCUCUUCGAGACGCUAACUGAAAAGUUCCUCACAGGACAUUCCAUGUCGGCUUUCCUUGAGUAUUUUCAGAAUGAGGAAAGUUUCGUUCAAAGUCUAAUUGACGGUUGCCUGGAGGAAAGAACAGUCAGUAAAGUUUGCAAUGUUUUAAUCAAAGCUGAAAUGUAUCUCUGCUUUCUUUACUGGCAUGAUUACGCUAUGGUUGACAUCAUUUACGAAACAGCAAUGAAGGCAGCUAAUGAUCACCAUCGGCUUAACUCUGUCAACAAACGACUGCUUCUGUCGAAAACGUACGGUAGCUUGCUUAUGGGCGAAACUGAAGAAACGAAGAGGCUGCUUUCAGUGAAUAAGCAAGUUACGUUGUCUACUGUCAUCAAAGACACACAAUUGCGAGGAGAACUUUUGACUUACCAAGGAUUGUAUAAACUUUUUACUGGGAGAGCUAAAGAAGGAGUGAGAUAUUUAAAAGAAGCACUUUCGUCAUUGGAAACCACUCCAAAACACAGAAUCCUAAAGCUCAUUAUUCUCCAAGUUCUUUCUCUUUAUCAAAGUGCCAAAAAGAACCCGUUAAAGGCUCUUGACCUUUACAAAAAAGCAGUAGAUGAAUGCAAAGCAGUGGGAGACAUGGGCUUAGUAGUAAUUCAGGAGAUCAAUGAAACCAGGAGAGAAGAAGACAGGAUACAUCUAAACGAAAUCAGACCGACCCAUAAUCAGCCACUUCAAACCGAACUUGUCAUUCUCGUGAGUCAAGCAGUAAAGAACAUCUCCACUGAUAAAACCAAGCAAUUCUUUUGCAAUUUACUGCUGCAAAUACUGACGGAGUCUGACUCUGCCAUACCAGCUGGUGCAACUGGUCGGUUCCAUUUUCCUUUAUCUGGAGUAAGACUGUUCAUCGAAUUAAAAGGGAAAAUGGACCGUGCAAUUCAUAUAGAAGAUAUAGUGAAUUUUCAUCCCGAAAAGAUCCAAACAAAACCUGAGAAAAACAUUAGUGCAACUUCCUCAAAUAACAGCAAACGCACGAAAGCCAACCACGUAGAAGCCUUGGAAUCAGAGAAGCGUGCACUGAAUAUCAGGUUAAAAGUCCUGGGUGAAGAACAUUCACAAACCGCUCACAGUUAUGAUUCAUUAGGAGUUACUCAACAUUCACUUGGAGACUUUGUGUCAGCCCUUGAGUCAAAGAAGCGUGCACUGAAUAUCCGGUUGAAAGUCCUAGGUGAAGAACAUUCACAAACCGCUCACAGUUAUGAUUCAUUAGGAGUUACUCAACAUUCACUUGGAGACUUUGUGUCAGCCCUUGAGUCAAAGAAGCGUGCACUGAAUAUCCGGUUGAAAGUCCUAGGUGAAGAACAUUCACAAACCGCUCACAGCUAUCAUUCAUUAGGAGUUACUCAACAUUCACUUGGAGACUUUGUGUCAGCCCUUGAGUCAAACAAGCGUGCACUAAAUAUCCGGUUGAAAGUCCUAGGUGAAGAACAUUCACAAACCGCUCACAGCUAUCAUUCAUUAGGAGUUACUCAACAUUCACUUGGAGACUUUGUGUCAGCCCUUGAGUCAAACAAGCGUGCACUGAUUAUCAGCUUAAAAGUCCUGGGUGAAGAACAUUCACAAACCGCUGACAGCUAUCAUUCAUUAGGAGCUUCUCAACAUUCACUUGGAGACUUUGUGUCAGCCCUUGAGUCAAACAAGCGUGCACUGAAUAUCAGGUUAAAAGUCCUGGGUGAAGAACAUUCGCAAACCGCUCACAGCUAUCAUUCAUUAGGAGUUACUCAACAUUCACUUGGAGACUUUGUGUCAGCCCUUGAGUCAAAGAAGCGUGCACUGAUUAUCAGCUUAAAAGUUCUAGGUGAAGAACAUUCACAAACCGCUCACAGUUAUGAUUCAUUAGGAGUUACUCAACAUUCACUUGGAGACUUUGUGUCAGCCCUUGAGUCAAAGAAGCGUGCACUGAAUAUCCGGUUGAAAGUCCUAGGUGAAGAACAUUCACAAACCGCUCACAGCUAUCAUUCAUUAGGAGCUACUCAACAUUCACUUGGAGACUUUGUGUCAGCCCUUGAGUCAAACAAGCGUGCACUGAAUAUCCGGUUGAAAGUCCUAGGUGAAGAACAUUCAACCACCGCUCACAGCUAUCAUUCAUUAGGAGUUACUCAACAUUCACUUGGAGACUUUGUGUCAGCCCUUGAGUCAAACAAGCGUGCACUGCAUAUCCGGUUGAAAGUCCUAGGUGAAGAACAUUCACAAACCGCUGACAGCUAUCAUUCAUUAGGAGCUUCUCAACAUUCACUUGGAGACUUUGUGUCAGCCCUUGAGUCAAAGAAGCGUGCACUGAUUAUCAGCUUAAAAGUCCUGGGUGAAAAACAUUCACAAACCGCUGACAGCUAUCAUUCAUUAGGAGCUUCUCAACAUUUACUUGGAGACUUUGUGUCAGCCCUUGAGUCAAACAAGCGUGCACUGAAUAUCAGGUUAAAAGUCCUGGGUGAAGAACAUUCACAAACCGCUCACAGUUAUGAUUCAUUAGGAGUUACUCAACAUUCACUUGGAGACUUUGUGUCAGCCCUUGAGUCAAAGAAGCAUGCACUGAAUAUCCGGUUGAAAGUCCUAGGUGAAAAACAUUCACAAACCGCUCACAGCUAUGAUUCAUUAGGAGUUACUCAACGUUCACUUGGAGACUUUGUGUCAGCCCUUGAGUCAAAUAAGCGUGCACUGAAUAUCCGGUUGAAAGUCCUAGGUGAAGAACAUUCACAAACCACUCACAGCUAUCAUUCAUUAGGAGUUACUCAACCUUCACUUGGAGACUUUGUGUCAGCCCUUGAGUCAAACAAGCGUGCACUGAAUAUCCGGUUGAAAGUCCUAGGUGAAGAACAUUUACAAACCGCUCACAGCUAUCAUUCAUUAGGAGUUACUCAACAUUCCCUUGGAGACUUUGUGUCAGCCCUUGAGUCAAAGAAGCGUGCACUGAAUAUCCGGUUGAAAGUCCUAGGUGAAGAACAUUCACAAACCGCUCACAGCUAUGAUUCAUUAGGAGUUACUCAACAUUCACUUGGAGACUUUGUGUCAGCCCGUGAGUCAAAGAAGCGUGCACUAAAUAUCCGGUUGAAAGUCCUAGGUGAAGAACAUUCACAAACCGCUCACAGCUAUCAUUCAUUAGGAGUUACUCAACAUUCACUUGGAGACUUUGUGUCAGCCCUUGAGUCAAACAAGCGUGCACUGAUUAUCAGCUUAAAAGUCCUGGGUGAAGAACAUUCACAAACCGCUGACAGCUAUCAUUCAUUAGGAGCUUCUCAACAUUCACUUGGAGACUUUUGUGUCAGCCCUUGAGUCAAACAAGCGUGCACUGAAUAUCAGGUUAAAAGUCCUGGGUGAAGAACAUUCACAAACCGCUCACAGUUAUGAUUCAUUAGGAGUUACUCAACAUUCACUUGGAGACUUUGUGUCAGCCCUUGAGUCAAAGAAGCGUGCACUGAAUAUCCGGUUAAAAGUCCUGGGUGAAGAACAUUCACAAACCGCUCACAGUUAUGAUUCAUUAGGAGUUACUCAACAUUCACUUGGAGACUUUGUGUCAGCCCUUGAGUCAAAAAAGCGUGCACUGAAUAUCCGGUUGAAAGUCCUAGGUGAAGAACAUUCACAAACCGCUCACAGCUAUCAUUCAUUAGGAGUUACUCAACAUUCACUUGGAGACUUUGUGUCAGCCCUUGAGUCAAACAAGCGUGCACUGAUUAUCAGCUUAAAAGUCCUGGGUGAAGAACAUUCACAAACCGCUGACAGCUAUCAUUCAUUAGGAGCUUCUCAACAUUCACUUGGAGACUUUGUGUCAGCCCUUGAGUCAAACAAGCGUGCACUGAAUAUCAGGUUAAAAGUCCUGGGUGAAGAACAUUCACAAACCGCUCACAGUUAUGAUUCAUUAGGAGUUACUCAACAUUCACUUGGAGACUUUGUGUCAGCCCUUGAGUCAAAGAAGCGUGCACUGAAUAUCAGGUUAAAAGUCCUGGGUGAAGAACAUUCACAAACCGCUCACAGUUAUGAUUCAUUAGGAGUUACUCAACAUUCACUUGGAGACUUUGUGUCAGCCCUUGAGUCAAAAAAGCGUGCACUGAAUAUCCGGUUGAAAGUCCUAGGUGAAGAACAUUCACAAACCGCUCACAGCUAUCAUUCAUUAGGAGUUACUCAACAUUCACUUGAAGACUUUGUGUCAGCCCUUGAGUCAAAGAAGCGUGCACUAAAUAUCCGGUUGAAAGUCCUAGGUGAAGAACAUUCACAAACCGCUCACAGCUAUCAUUCAUUAGGAGUUACUCAACAUUCACUUGGAGACUUUGUGUCAGCCCUUGAGUCAAACAAGCAUGCACUGAUUAUCAGCUUAAAAGUCCUGGGUGAAGAACAUUCACAAACCGCUGACAGCUAUGAUUCAUUAGGAGCUUCUCAACAUUCACUUGGAGACUUUGUGUCAGCGCUUGAGUCAAAGAAGCGUGCACUGAAUAUCAGGUUAAAGGUCCUAGGUGAAGAACAUUCACAAACCGCUGACAGCUAUCAUUUAUUAGGAGUUACUCAACAUUUACUUGGAGACUUUAUAUCCGCCCUUGAGUCUUUCAAGUGUGCACUGAAUAUCAGGUUAAAGGUCCUGGAUGAAGAACAUUCACAAACCGCUGACAGCUAUUAUUUAUUAGGAGCUACUCAAGAUUCACUUGGAGACUUUGUGUCAGCCCUUGAGUUAAAGAAGCGUGCACUGAAUAUCAGUUUAAAGGUCCUGGGUGAAGAACAUUCACAAACCGCUGACCGCUAUCAAUCAGUAGGAGCUACUCAAGAUUCACUUGGAGACUUUGUCUCAGCCCUUGAGUCUUUCAAGCGUGCACUGAAUAUCAGGUUAAAGGUCCUGGGGGAAGAACAUUCACAAACCGCUGACAGCUAUUAUUCAUUAGGAGCUACUCAACAUUCACUUGGAGACUUUGUGUCAGCCCUUGAGUCAAAGAAGCGUGCACUGAAUAUCAGUUUAAAAGUCCUGGGUGAAGAACAUUCAGAAACCGCUGACAGCUAUCAAUCAGUAGGAGCUACUCAAGAUUCACUUGGAGACUUUGUGUCAGCCCUUGAGUCUUUCAAGCAUGCACUGAAUAUCAGGUUAAAGGUCCUGGGGGAAGAACAUUCACAAACUGCUGACACCUAUUAUUCAUUAGGAGCUACUCAACAUUCACAUGGAGACUUUCUGUCAGCCCUUGAGUCAAAGAAGCGUGCACUGAAUAUCAGGCUAAAGGUCCUGGGUGAAGAACAUUCACAAACCGCUGAAAGCUAUCAAUCAGUAGGAGCUACUCAAGAUUCACUUCUAGACUUUCCGUCAGCCAUUGAGUCUUUCAAGCGUGCACUGAAUAUCAGUUUAAAGGUCCUGGGGGAGGAACAUUCACAAACUGCUGACAGUUAUUAUUCAUUAGGAGCUACUCAAGAUUCACUUGGAGACUUUGUGUCAGCCAUUAAGUCUUUCAAGCGUGCACUGAAUAUCAGGUUAAAGGUCCUGGGUGAAGAACAUUCACAAACCGCUGACAGCUACGAUUCAUUAGGAGCUACUCAACAUUCACUUGGAGACUUUGUGUCUGCCCUUGAGUCUGCCAAGCGUGCUCUGAAUAUCAGGUUAAAGGUCCUGGGUGAAGAACAUUCACAAACUGCUGACAGCUAUCAUUUAUUAGGAGCUACUCAACAUUCACUUGGAGACUUUGUGUCAGCCCUUGAGUCAAACAAGCAAGCACUAACUAUCAACUUAAAAACCCUGGGUGAAGAACAUUCACAAACCGCUGACAGCUAUCAUUUAUUAGGAGCUACUCAAUAUUCACUUGGAGACUUUGCAUCAGCCCUUGAGUCAAACAAGCGUGCACUGAAUAUCAGCUUAAAAGUCCUGGGUGAGGAACAUUCACAAACCGCUCACAGCUAUCAUUCAUUAGGAGCUUCUCAAUAUUCACUUGGAGACUUUGUGUCAGCCCUUGAGUCAGACAAGCGUGCACUGAAUAUCAGGUUAAAGGUUCUGGGUGAAGAAGAUUUACAAACCGCUCACAGCUAUCAUUCAUUAGGAGUUACUCAACAUUCACUUGGAGACUUUAUGUCCGCCCUUGAGUCUUUCAAGCGUGCACUGAAUAUCAGGUUAAAGGUCCUGGAUGAAGAACAUUCACAAACCGCUGACAGCUAUUAUUUAUUAGGAGCUACUCAAGAUUCACUUGGAGACUUUGUGUCAGCCCUUGAGUCAAAGAAGCGUGCACUGAAUAUCAGUUUAAAGGUCCUGGGUGAAGAACAUUCACAAACUGCUGACAGCUAUCAAUCAGUAGGAGCUACUCAAGAUUCACUUGGAGACUUUGUGUCAGCCAUUGAGUCUUUCAAGCGUGCAUUGAAUAUCAGGUUAAAGGUCCUGGGGGAAGAACAUUCACAAACUGCUGACAGCUAUGAUGCAUUAGGAGCUACUCAACAUUCACUUGGAGACUUUGUGUCAGCCCUCAAGUCUUUCAAGCGUGCACUGAAUAUCAGGUUAAAGGUCCUAGGUGAAGAACAUUCACAAACCGCUGAUAGCUAUGAUUCAUUAGGAGCUACUCAAGAUUCACUUGGAGACUUUCUGUCAGCCCUUGAGUCUUUCAAGCGUGCACUGAAUAUCAGGUUAAAGGUCCUGGGUGAAGAACAUUCACAAACCGCUUACAGCUAUUAUUCAUUAGGAGCUACUCAACAUUCACUUGGAGACUUUGUGUCAGCCCUUGAGUCAAAGAAGCGUGCACUGAAUAUCAGGUUAAAGGUCCUGGGUGAAGAACAUUCACAAACCGCCGACAGCUAUCAAUCAGUAGGAGCUACUCAAGAUUCACUUGUAGACUUUGUGUCAGCCAUUGAGUCUUUCAAGCGUGCACUGAAUAUCAGGUUAAAGGUCCUGGGGGAAGAACAUUCACAAACCGCUGACAGUUAUUAUUCAUUAGGAGCUACUCAAGACUCACUUGGAGACUUUGUGUCAGGCAUUGAGUCUUUCAAGCGUGCACUGAAUAUCAGGUUAAAGGUCCUGGGUGAAGAACAUUCACAAACCGCUGACAGCUAUCAUUCAUUAGGAGCUACUCAACAUUCACAUGGAGACUUUGUGUCAGCCCUUGAGUCUUUCAAGCGUGCACUGAAUAUCAGGUUAAAGGUCCUGGGUGAAGAACAUUCACAAACCGCUGACAGCUAUGAUUCAUUAGGAGCUACUCAAGAUUCACUUGGAGACUUUGUGUCAGCCCUUGAGUCUCUCAAGCGUGCACUGAAUAUCAGGUUAAAGGUCCUGGGUGAAGAACAUUCACAAACCGCUGACAGCUAUUAUUCAUUAGGAGCUACUCAACAUUCACUUGGAGACUUUGUGGCAGCCCUUGAGUCAAAGAAGCGUGCACUGAAUAUCAGGUUAGAGGUCCUGGGUGAAGAACAUUCACAAACCGCUGACAGCUAUUAUUCAUUAGGAGCUACUCAACAUUCACUUGGAGACUUUGUGGCAGCCCUUGAGUCAAAGAAGCGUGCACUGAAUAUCAGGUUAAUGGUCCUGGGUGAAGAACAUUCACAAACCGCCGACAGCUAUCAAUCAGUAGGAGCUACUCAAGAUUCACUUGGAGACUUUUUGUCAGCCAAUGAGUCUUUCAAGCGUGCACUGAAUAUCAGGUUAAAGGUCCUGGGUGAAGAACAUUCACAAACAGCUGACAGCUAUGAUUCAUUAGGAGCUACUCAACAUUCACUUGGAGACUUUGUGUUUGCCCUUGAGUCUGCCAAGCGUGCACUGAAUAUCAGGUUAAAGGUUCUGGGUGAAGAACAUUCACAAACUGCUGACAGCUAUCAUUUAUUAGGAGCUACUCAACAUUCACUUGGAGACUUUGUGUCAGCCCUUGAGUCAAACAAGCAAGCACUAACUAUCAACUUAAAAACCCUGGGUGAAGAACAUUUACAAACCGCUGACAGCUAUCAUUUAUUAGGAGCUACUCAACAUUCACUUGGAGACUUUGUGUCAGCCAUUGAGUCUUUCAAGUGUGCACUGAAUAUCAGGCUAAAGGUCCUGGGUGAAGAACAUUCACAAACCGCUGACAGCUAUGAUUCAUUAGGAGCUUCUCAACAUUCACUUGGAGACUUUGUGUCAGCCCUUGAGUCUUUCAAGCGUGCACUGAAUAUCAGGUUAAAGGCCCUGGGUGAAGAACAUUCACAAACCGCUGACAGCUAUGAUUCAUUAGGAGUUACUCAACAUUCACUUGGAGACUUUAUGUCCGCCCUUGAGUCUUUCAAGCGUGCACUGAAUAUCAGGUUAAAGGUCCUGGGUGAAGAACAUUCACAAACCGCUGACAGCUAUUAUUCAUUAGGAGCUACUCAUGAUUCACUUGGAGACUUUGUGUCAGCCCUUGAGUCAAAGAAGCGUGCACUGAAUAUCAGUUUAAAGGUCCUGGGUGAAGAACAUUCGCAAACUGCUGACAGCUAUCAAUCAGUAGGAGCUACUCAAGAUUCACUUGGAGACUUUGUGUCAGCCCUUGAGUCUUUCAAGCGUGCACUGAAUAUCAGGUUAAAGGUCCUGGGUGAAGAACAUUCACAAACCGCUGACAGCUAUGAUUCAUUAGGAGCUACUCAAGAUUCACUUGGAGACUUUGUGUCAGCCCUUGAGUCAAAGAAGCGUGCACUGAAUAUCAGAUUAAAGGUCCUGGGUGAAGAACAUUCACAAACUGCUGACAGCUAUCAAUCAGUAGGAGCUACUCAACAUUCACUGGGAGACUUUGUGUCAGCUCUUGAGUCAAACAAGUGUGCACUUGAUAUCAGGAUGAAGGUGCAUGGUGAAGAG